AAAAUAUUAACAUUAGAACCUAUAACAACAAAUACGGUCACCUUGGCGCCAAAGUCUAUUUUACUGUGUAACUGUCAUUUUUCCAAUGCAAAAUGUUCACCCAUAAAACCAAAAAAAGUAACAGCCUGGCCACCAACACCCAGCAAAAAUUCAAAGCCGAGCUAAUGGCAAACGGACAAAUGUUUGUCAAUCGCAGUUUUGAAACUGCCUCUGGAUUGCUGCGAAAAACUGGAAGUCAGCUGAAGCAAACCAAAUUGAGCCUUUGCCAAAAAGAAAACAAGCUUAUAUUUUCCGGAUUUGUUGAAGAACCACUGAAAGUUAAGCCCAAGCACGAGUUUGUCUAUAUGCCUGCUCCGAAAGGGCUCAAUAAAAGUUUUGGCUAUGCCCAAAACGGCGCACGUCCAAUGCUCAAAGUUGAGCCGCUGGCAGCGUUGCCAACUUCACCAAUGUCCAAGCCGGGACGUAAUUUAUUGAGCUUAAUUGGCCGUGUGGACUUUUGCAUUAAAAUGCGUCGAAAGCAGCCUCAUUUGAAUGCACUUUGGAGUGCCUAUGGUAAGCUUUUGCGCGUUAUUCCGGGCAAGCGAGGCGACCGAACACUGCUGCUGCGCAACGAGGAUAAAGGCCCAAUAUUGCAGGCCAUUUUCUAUGAUUUUGAAGAUGAACUAAAAUACUUGACAAUUGGUUGUUAUGUGAAUGUUGUGGGCCGUUUCAUAGGCGAGAACCGUUUAAAUACCUUCAGCGUUUCACAGGUAAGCAUCGCCGAUUGGCAACAGAAUUUUACGCGCAUAGAGAACGUAAAUUCAUAUAUAUUAAUGCAACAUUCUAGUAGUAGCUUUUAGUUAGUUCUUUUAAUAUACAAUUUAAGUCUAACUUUAUAAUUUUUGAAUGGCAAAAAAAUCAAAUUUUCUUUUUAGUACUCGUAACUAUUUAAUCUGCUUAGUAUCUAUAAACAGAAUUUGUUUUACACAUUUUUCAUUUUGUACUCUCACAUAGGUUUUACACUUUUGCAUAUAUAAAUAUUAUUAGUAUAAUAUAAUUCAUUUAGUUUAAUUUAUUUACCUAGCUGAUAAGUUGAUAGAUUUAAACGCGCCUUUAAAUUGGCCGUUUAGCUUCUUUAGCUUCUACAAAAUUCGUUUAUAAAUACAACGCUGUUAGGUUUUGCUUUAGGAGCAUUGCACAGUUACAAAUAUAUAAUUAUAUAUAU